AGGACAGAAAGACAGUUACACUCCUGUGAUCUGCAUCUCUAGGUCUGCUGUAACCAGCUGCUCUACUUCCAAAAAUGUCUUACUCCAUGCGUCAGACCAGCUAUGCAAGCUCCUCCAGAGGGCUUGGAAGUGGUAUUGGUGGUGGAUCUCAAAGGUUUUCUAUCAAAGCCCCAAGUGUCCAUGGUGGGUACGGGGGACAAGGGGUCUCUGUGUCAUCUGCCCGGUUAGUUUCUUCCGGUUUUGGAGGACUUGGAGGUGGCAGUGGUUACAGCAGUGGGUUUGGGUCUGGUGGUGGCUAUGGUGGCUCAUACAACGUUAGCGUGUCGGGGGAUGCCUUGCUUUCUGGAAAUGAGAAGCAGACCAUGCAGAACCUGAAUGACCGUCUGGCCUCGUACCUGGACAAGGUGCGUUCAUUGGAGACCGCAAACUCAGAUCUGGAGGUGAAGAUCCGGGAGUGGUAUGAAAAGCAAGGACCUAGCCCAACACGUGACUACAGCCAGUACUUGAAGACCAUCGAUGACCUCAGGGACAAGAUCCUUGCUGCCACUAUCGAUAACGCCAGGGUCGUCCUGCAAGUAGAUAAUGCCAGACUGGCCGCCGAUGACUUCAGAACAAAGUUUGAGAAUGAACUUGCUCUUCGCCAGAGUGUGGAAGCUGACAUUAAUGGUUUACGUAGAGUGCUGGAUGAACUGACAUUGGCCAGAACUGACUUGGAACUCCAGAUUGAGAACUUGAAGGAGGAACUUGCAUAUCUGAAGAAAAACCAUGAAGAGGAACUGAACGCUUUGCGUGGACAAACUGGUGGACAAGUUAGUGUUGAAGUAGAUGCUGCACCAUCAGUGGACCUGACCAAGAUUCUAACUGAAAUGAGAGACCAGUACGAGGUUAUGGCUGAGAAGAACCGUAAAGAUGCUGAGAAUUGGUUCCUCACUAAGUCAGAGGAACUAAACAAGGAAGUCGUAGUACACACGGAACAGAUACAAACAAGCAAGACAGAAAUCACAAAUCUAAGACGUACACUUCAGGGACUUGAAAUUGAACUUCAGUCUCAACUUAGCAUGAAAGCAUCACUGGAAGGCACUGUGGCGGAUACAGAAGCACGAUACGGAGCACAGUUAUCGCAGAUACAAAGUGUAAUAGCCAGCAUAGAAGCACAGUUUUCCGACCUCAGAUCCGACAUGGAGAGACAGAACCAUGAAUACAAGAUGCUCAUGGACAUUAAGGCCCGUCUGGAGCAAGAAAUUGCCACCUAUCGACAGCUCCUGGAAGGACAUGAAAAGUAGUGAUUCCAACAUCUUCCCCAAGUUAAACCACAGCUGUCAAAAAGUGAGACCUCUUGCAUGAAAAUUGGACUAGUGGAAAGAGGGACCUGCAAUAACAAUUACUUUGGAAAAGGAUUAUUAAAAUAAUCUGACAUUGGGACGUGUUAAUCUUUCUGUCGCCAAUGAAGCCUGCAUUGCAUUAUGGGUCUUCAAGGCCCAUGUCUACGUUAGUUGCUGAUGCUUUGAAAGUUUGCUUGGGUAGUGUCAACUUGACUUUUGCUUCAACUGUCUAAUAAAAACAUAUCUUUUGAGUCGUGCAUACAAACAA